AUGCGGAAAAGGAAGGGCACAUGGGAAGUUAGGAGGUACAACGAACCAAACACGUGUAUGGCCACAUUGAUAUCGAGCGACCACAAGCAGCUUGAUUAUCAUGUCAUCUAUGCGAGAAUCUUUCCAUUGGUUAGAGCUGAUGCGUCCGUGUCGAUUAAGGUGUUGCAAGAGGCAACGAAAGCGACAUAUGAUUUCAGGCCUAGUUAUCGGAAGGUGUGGUUGGCGAAGCAGAAGGCGGUAGCGCAGAUCUAUGGCGAUUGGGAGGAAUCAUAUGCGGAUCUGCCCCACUGGAUCCUUGGGGUCAGAUCCACCAUGGACGGUUCCAUUGCUCUGCUAAAGACCUCCCCGGUUAGAGUGGGUGACCAGGUUGAUGAAGAUAGAGUCUACUUUCAUCGCAUGUUUUGGACAUUCCCUCCAUGUAUUGAGGCAUUCCGCCACUGUAAGCCACUCGUAAGCAUCGACGGAACACACCUGUAUGGAAAGUAUGGCGGGACAUUGUUGUUGGCGAUUGCUCAGGAUGGUAACUCGAAUAUUUUGCCUGUUGCGUUUGCACUUGUGGAGGGGGAAAAUGCGGAGCCUUGGUCAUACUUUCUAUCCAAUCUUAGAAGACAUGUUACUCCACAGCAAGGUAUUCUCGUGAUCUCUGAUAGACACAACGGCAUCAAGGCUGCACUGGAGUCCCCCGAUAGUGGUUGGCGACCUCCCCAUGCUUAUCGGGCAUUUUGUAUUCGGCAUGUUGCUGCAAAUUUUGCCCUUACUUUCAAGGGGCAGGAUGCGAGGAGGUGGCUGGUAAAUGUCGCUUAUGCAAAGACGGAAGCGAAAUUUGACUAUUGGUUUGAUAUAAUGAGGACAGAGAACCCGGCCAUGUGUGAUUGGACAGCAGAGGCACAGUUAGUGUCCGGGCACCGGUUUUCGGAGUCACUUGUUAAGGCCAUUGAGCGGAACUUGAAGGAUUCGAGGUGCUUCACCGUGACUGUGUUAGAUAGGCAUCAACUUGACUAUACAGUGGCUGAGACUACCCCCACGGGCAAAUUCUCGUUAGGUAGCUAUCGAGUUUCUCUACAGGAUCGCACCUGCGACUAUGGAUACUUCCAGGCGCUGCACUACCCCUGUUGCCAUGCCAUCGCAUGCUGUGCACAGUCACGGCUAGAUUGGGCCACUUACGUCGAUGAAGUGUACACCAUGUCUGAGGUGUUUAAGGUGUAUCAGAUGUCCUUUGCACCUUGUAUUCCAAAGGGGCUUUGGCCCCCGUAUGACGGUCCGACUGUGAUCCCUGACCCGAGCAUGAGACGGGCAAGAGAAGGACGACCACGGUCCACCCACAUCCGCAACAACAUGGACGAAGCUGACACCAGUCGACCGAAGCGGUGUGGCCUAUGCAGGCAGCCCGGUCACACCCGAAGGGGUUGCCCUCAGCGAGGUUCUACCAGCGGCAUCUAG